AUGAGUCGCAUCUUCAGCUCCCGCGUGGCCUUCCGGGCCCUUGCUGCAGGUAUUGGCCCCACUGCUUGCGCCAGUAGCCUCUUCGUCGGCCGGAGGGUGAUUCGAUGUGACGCUCCCCCGUUGGUUGCGUACCCUCCGCCUGGACAGCGCCGACGGUCCGCCUUGGAUGUGUCCCCGGAGACUGUCAGUCAGAUUUCUAGUGGCAGUGUUGCUGGAUUCGGAGCUGGUCUCGUGGUAGCCCUGUUCUCCCGCACCCUUGCCCUUUUGAGUGGCUUGUUUGCUAUUUCCCUCCAUAUUGCCUCGCGUUAUGGGUACGAUGCGUCCCGCAUUUUGGGAAUUCGAAAGCUCUUGGACGGGAACGCCCUGUGGGAAAGGAGCAAGGGGAAACCUUGGUUUACUACGUCGUUCCUUGUCACAUUCAUCUUGGCUGCGUUUGUGCACCUGUAG